AUGGCGGCUGCCAGUGGAACCACGCUGCUGAGAAGUAUAGUGGGUCAUUUGGUAGUCCGUGGAUUACUUAGGAGGCCUUUCUGGGUACAGAACACACCCAGCACUUUCUUCCAGCGGCACAAGCCGUUGCCUUUCCGGAUUUUCAGCACAGAGACCAGCCAAGCUGGAUCUACAGAACCGGCUGCUUUUGACACAGUAUCACGGUUUAAAGAGAAGCCAUGGGAGUACUUGGAGUCUGAAGAAUACUUAGAAAAAUAUGGCAGCAAUCCUGUCUGGUUUGGCUACAGGCGCAAUCACAAAGGCCAGAUUCCUCCCCAGAAGACCCGGAAGACUUGCAUUAGAAAAAAACAUGUGUGUGGGAAUCCUUGUCCCAUCUGCAGAGACCGAAACCUCUUCCUGGAUUACAAGAACGUGAAGCUCCUAGAACAGUUCAUUUGCCCUUACACAGGCAUCAUUUACCACCCAACCCGAACAGGGAUUUGUAUGAAGAAGUAUAAACGGCUGACCCAGGCCAUUCAGCAAGCUCGGGACAAUGGCCUUCUGUUCUUCCAUACCCCAUUUGUCAGUUUCCAGGGUCAAGAUUACAGUAACCAGCACCCGGCUGUUACCGCAACCCUUCCAUCCCCAAUUCUUGUCGACAAAGUCGCUUGGUAUGACUGGUAUGACUGGCAGCAGCCCCCCGAGAAGAAGAUUGCACUGAUGAGGAGGAUUUAUAAGGAUUACUUGAAGGAGGAAAGCGGCCCUCCCUGAGGCUGGCAAGUGGCA